ACGGGCCGCCGCUCCCCACCUCGCCGCCCGUCCGCUCCCCUCUUUUAUUCCCCUCCCCCCUCGUCGCCAGCCGCCCCCGACUCGCAUCCAUCCAUCUCCAGCCACCGAGAGGGGAAAUUAGUCCAGACUUUUAGGGUUUCCUGAGAGAGAGAUCUGGGAAGGCGCCAUGGACGGGAAGCUGCCGCCGCCCAACCCCAACCUCCCGUACCGGGAGGACUGCUGGAGCGAGGGCGAGACGGCCGCCCUCGUCGACGCCUGGGGGUCGCGAUACAUCGACCUCAACCGCGGCAGCCUCCGCCAGCCGCAGUGGCGCGAGGUCGCCGACGCCGUCAACACCCGCCCGGGGGCCUCCGCGCGCCGCCGGCCCCCGCGCACCGACAUCCAGUGCAAGAACCGGGUCGAUACCCUCAAGAAGAAGUACAAGGCCGAGCGGGCGCGGGGCGGGCCCUCGCCCUGGCCCUUCUUCCGCCAGCUCGACGUCCUCGUCGGCCCGACCCUCUCGGCCGCCGCCGCCAAGAAGCCCUCCCCGCCCCGCGCGCUUCCCAUGCUGCGGAGGCGCAUGUCGCCCUCUCGCUCCCCGUCGCCGCCCUCGCCGGCGCCGCCGAUGGCGCUCCCCCUGCCCAACUACCGCCGCGGGUCCAACCUCCCGGCCGCUGACCUAUUCCAUAAGGCCGCCGCAGCUGCGGCUGCCGCGGAUUCCGACUCGGACGAUGGCUACAAUAACAACAACAACUAUGACGACGACGAGGGCUCGCAGCAAUCGGCCUCGCGCUCAGUGUCGUCUCACUCUGGUGGUAACGGUCCUCCUGUUCUUGGCGGUGGUGGGGGCGGCGGUGGCGGCAACAAAAGGAAGAGGGGCGGGGCCGGAGGUUUUGGGGAGCUAGCGAUGGCUAUGGAGACAUUCGCUGAGAUGUAUGAGCGCAUGGAGGCUGCCAAGCAGAGGCAUGCAGAGGAGAUGGAGAAGCAGCGGAUCAAGUUCCUCAAGGAUCUGGAACUCAAGCGGAUGCAGGCUUUCGUGGACAUGCAGCUUCAACUUUCGAGGGUAAAGCAAGCCAAGAACGGUACCUCGGAGAUGCUCAUGUCUCUUGCUGCACUGCCGUUCCUCAGCAACCCUGCUUACCUCUGAUAUAAGAGUUUAGAUUACUUGGAGUCAAGCAUGGUAUGGUGCUGCUCUUUGAUGAAGAUCAAUCUAGGUUCAUUGGCAGUUUGGUGUAUAGGCUCUGGAGUCUGGAUGUGUAAAACAGAUGCUUUCUGCUUCAGCCAAGAGCUUUGUUGUCGCCUGCGUUUUCUGGACUAUAGCCGUUGGCGUUUUGUCUCUUUUCUUCCGCUGGGAUGUGAAAGACAAUUCCGUUGUUUAGUUUUUCUUUCAGUUAACAUGAUUUACAAGGUCUGUAACAGAAAAUACUGAAUAUGAAUCAACUCGAGCCAGCUGCUUUGAAAUGUACAUUCGAGCUGAUUGGCCCUUUCUUAGUUUGCAAGGCGCUGACUGGAAAACAGAAUGGUGGCAUA